GCCACUUUUCCUUCCUCUCUUCUUUCUUUCUUCUUUUCUUUUUGGCAACUCGUGCAUUAUAUAUUCUAUCAGACAUACCCCUCGGGGCGUAUGAUCUCGAAUUUAUUGCUCUGGAUAUAUACAUUAUUAUCUCUUUUUCUUCGAAGCCCUUGACCGUACUUAAGCGUGCCAAUUUUCCCUUUGGACUUUUACUCCUUCCGCUCGCACUUCGGCCACCACCUGCGAAGUCGCUGUCGUCACUUGUACACACCUCGUUGCCUCAGGCCACCACAGGCAACCCACACCACUUUUUUUCCGCCGCCGACCUCAACCUCUCCUCAUCCUUCUUCCAAGAAACAGCGAGAUUUCACGAGCGCAUCGGUUGCUAUCCCGCAGCUUUGAGCUUCGUGCGAGCUACGCUCGUCUCUUCUCUUUCUCCUCCUACCGGGGUUGACGUGUGACUCUUUUAAUCCACUCUCCUCUUCCUUCUCCGGUCUCUCUCUAUCACUUCUCCCUCCUUCCUCCUCCCCCCAAAAGAUCCACCGCACAUGACUCCGCUUUCUCCCUCACCUGUUCCGUCCGCAGUCUCCUCAGCCGCAGCUUCUCAAUAUUCACACGACCCUCGGGAUGGAGACCAUUCGGUAACACGAGCCCUGGCGGGCAUGAACCUGUCCGCGCCGAACGGGGACAUGCUCCCUCCGCCGGCCUCACCGGCCGCGAAACCUACCACUAAAGGCAACAUGGCCUCUCGCCUUUCUCGCAUGUUCUCGAGUUCAGGGAAACAGACCCCGACUCGGGACCACGACGUUGCCCACCGCGAUCUCUCCGACAGCAGCAUGGAGAGCGUUCAGCCACUGAAUGGCAAAGAAAAGCCCAACUCCAAGACAUCCUCCCGCGCAAACUCAAGACCCUCCUCUCGCACUCCCUCCCGACAGCCAUCACUCAAAAACGAGCCCGUGGACAACCAAAAGAAGAAGCCCGCCAACUCCAAGGACGGGAAAGAUUGCGCCCCACCACACAAGCGCUUCGAGGUUCUUCCCGAAGGCACCGGCACCCACGUUCAUAACCUUCGAAGCGCCCGACGACAGGAGAAGCUUACCGACCUCCUCAGAGACAUGCUGGGCGGCGGAAGGAAAAAGGGCGACGACCAGGCUGAUGAGCAGCAGCUCUCGCUGAUGUCGACCUGGAUCGACCAGUUCAAAAACGAGCGCGAUAAGCUGGCCGCUGAUAAGAAGGGUGGACCCAACGCGACCGCGUCCCUCGUGGACAAAUACGGAAAAUGCCAGGAGAUUGUCGGUCGUGGUGCCUUCGGUAUCGUCCGCAUCUCUCACAAGGUGGAUCCGACCGACUCCAAGUGCGAGCAGCUCUACGCUGUCAAGGAGUUCCGCCGCCGCCCUCAAGAAACCGCCAAGAGGUAUCAAAAGCGCCUGACCUCCGAAUUCUGUAUCUCCUCAUCACUUCGCCACCCGAACGUCAUUCACACCCUCGACCUGUUGCAAGACGCCAAGGGAGAUUACUGCGAAGUCAUGGAGUACUGCGCCGGUGGCGAUCUCUACACCCUCGUCCUGGCAGCUGGCAAACUCGAAGUCGCCGAAGCAGACUGCUUCUUUAAACAAUUGAUGCGCGGCGUCGAGUACAUGCACGAAAUGGGCGUCGCCCACCGCGACUUGAAGCCUGAGAACCUACUGCUCACCACUCACGGCGCCUUGAAGAUUACCGAUUUCGGCAACGGCGAAUGCUUCCGAAUGGCCUGGGAAAAGGAAGCGCACAUGACCGCCGGUUUGUGCGGCUCUGCACCUUACAUCGCGCCCGAGGAGUACAUCGAGAAGGAGUUCGACCCGCGCGCUGUGGAUCUCUGGGCCACUGGUGUAAUUUACAUGGCCAUGCGAACUGGUCGGCAUCUGUGGCGCGUUGCGCGCAAGGACGAAGACGAGUUCUACCAGCGUUAUUUGGAGGGCCGGAAACAUGAAGAUGGAUAUGCGCCAAUUGAGACGCUGCAUCGGGCUCGUUGUCGAAACGUGAUCUACUCUAUUCUUGAUCCCAACCCCUCUCGGCGCAUCAAUGCCUCCCAGGUCCUCAAGUCUGAAUGGGUCCGACAGAUCAAACUGUGCAAGGCUGGUGAGGAAGGAUUCUAACAGACCGGCCGCACAUCUUCCGGCUGGGUUGACGCAAAAUGGCAAGAAAAACAGCAUUGUCAUGUCAAUCCCAUCCAGGGAUUACGAGUAACGAGAAAGUAAAAGACGACGGAAUGGAGGACACAACCUAAUUGAGAAAGGUUUCCGAUUUCCACUCCAACCAGUACUAUUCUUCACACCCUUCCUUGAAUUUUGUAUUUCGUUGGUUAAAAGAAGGACGAUUUGGAUAUGUCUUUCUUCAUGGAUAGUUCUCAGUGUCACAGAAGGAGGAACUUUUGAAUUCCCUUACAACCCGAUACUCCUGAUAGACCAAGGAGGCCCUUUGAUCUUGAGUCUUUCUUAUCUUCAUACUUCCCACCUCCCUCUCCCUCAUCUUCAUCUCCUCUUUCUCCCUCAUUCUUGUUCCCGUUCUUUACCAAUGUCCACUUUUCUUGGUCAUGUUUCGGCGUAUGUUUUACUUCGUGUUCAUCGAUUAGCUUCUCUUUUUUUACCUCUUUUCUUGUCGGUUGCGGGAUUUGCCAUGGAUUUCUACGCUAAUGCAACGAAGACUCAUGACUUUUUCUUUUUUCUAUAUCUCUCAUACUCCUCAUUUCAUUUUCAUGGUGGGUUUUCUUCACUUUUCGUGUCUUAUUGCGGUGGCAGCAUGUUUGACUGGGGUUUGUCAGGCGUUGACUUUGGUGGUAUAUGGGUUUUUGGGUGUUUGUACCGUUAUGAUGAAUGUUUGAUUUGAUUGGAGCUGCCCUGUCCGGUUAUGAUGUUGGAGCUUGAGCUCUAUGAGAAGGGAUAUGCUGGCAAACACAACACAACGCAACACCUACAUCCACUUCUCAGUCCAGCUCUGGUUCCGCAGGCUACGCUACGCUCCUGGAAAGGACCUACCUACACUACAUACUGGUCCGGCCGAGUUGACACUGCACAUUUUCACUCGUUUGCAUUGAGAUGUGGCGACACAUGGAUAUACUAUACUAUAUCAUCAAUGAGCUUUUGUUUAUACAUAGGCUCAAUAUCAAGAUUGAAUUCAAC